AUGCUCAUUUAUGACCACCAUCACACCAGCCACUACACCAUCACCAUUAGCAAUGCACACCGCACCACCACUACCGUUCCUCUUUCUCCAUACGAAAAAACCCUAAUUUGUAUGUGCUUACAGGUUAAUCACGGGGUAAAUGGGCUUCUUUUUCCAAAGGAAAACAUAAAGGCGUUAACACAAAUAACAUUACAAGUGGUUUCCAAAGGAAAACUAUCAUCUCUAGCUACCAAUAUUGCAUCAACCGGAGAAGACACUGCCAAAAACAUGAUGGCUUUGGAUUCCAUUGAAGGGUAUGCUUCAUUGAUAGAAAACAUCCUUCACCUUCCCUCGGAAGUUGCAUCUCCAAGGGAAAUAUCGGAAAUUCCCUCCGAUAUCAAAACAAAGUGGCAAUGGCAUCUUUUUGAAGCUAUUGAAGAUCGUGAAUACAUAAUGAAAGCUAGAAGGGCAAGAGAAGACGAUGAGGUGAGAGAUAAAAGUGAGCAACCAAGGGGGACAUGGGAGGAAGUGUACAAAAAUGCGAAAAAAACUGAUAGAAAUAAGAAUGAUUUGCAUGAGAGGGAUGAUGGGGAUCUUAAAAGAACAGGUCAACCGUUGUGCAUCUAUGAACCUUACUUUGGUCAACGAUCUUGGUCUUUUCUCCACACUAAUUCUCUUAAUCGGGGGAUUAGACUCUCAACAAAAAGUGGAAGACCAAGAAGAGAUGACAUUGAUGCAGCUUCUCGUCUCCCUCUUCUUGAAAGUCAGGCAGUCUCUAAGUUCUGUGCCAAGUAUCUUCACCAGCAAGUCCUGAAGCAGGAAGCUUAUGUUGCUGGUGAUAUUGGAACUGCUGCCCAGAAAUCUUUUCUCAGAAUGGAUGAGAUGAUGUGUGGACAACGUGGCUGGAGAGAGUUGGCUAUAUUGGGAAAUAAAAUGGAUCAAUUCAGUGGCAUGAUAGAGGGACUAAUUUGGUCACCAAAGGGUAACGAUUUAAAAUGUCUAAAUGAUAAUUGGUCUAAUGAGGAGGUUUCUUGGACUUGCUCCUCUGAGAGGUUUCUUCACAAUCUCUUGUUUCUGGUGUGCAACAUCAACAACAAUAAUUUCUUCUCUUGGGCUAAAGAGAUAAUGACACAUGCCAAGGAAUACAAGAUGAUGACUUGUCUUCCAUCAUUAUCUCAAAAGGAAAUACUUGUUAAGGAUUUCUUGGUGUUAUUGAUAGAGGAUAAGGAAUUGGUCGAAAAUCCUAUGAUUGAUGCUUGGUUGCUGAAGAAUAGAAAAAGUCCCUGGGUUGGGAAGAAAGAAGGGUUACAGGGAUGUUGGAUCUUUUAUUGA